AUGCCCAUAAGAUCAGGAGUAGUAAAAGCUAGAUGUGUCGGUGGUAAUAGUAAAUAAACAACCUUUACUUUUUUUAUUUUACACUCAAACUUCAGUUACACCAAGCGAGGCAACCACUCUGCUAAACAAGAAAUUUCUAUACUUAUAGUACUCUGUUCUCUACUUUUUAGGGCAUUUCUUCUUCUCUGCAAUUUUUUCAAGUCCAAUUUUCAUCAAAUGCUGUCACCUUACUCCGACGAGUCGCCGGGCGCCGAUGAAGCUAUGCGCAAACCUCAAAAAACUAACAACAAUGAUUUUCUAAAGAAUGCUGUGAGUAAUUUCCAGUAUCAGAUUUCUACUCAUCCUCGUUUCUGGCUUUUUACCUUCUUCCUUUUUUUCCAACUUGUGGUGCUUAUCUUUACUCGCAAUUCCCCUUUCCCUUUCUCAGUUCAUUCCCCACCCAGUCCUCUCCCCCAAUUCCCUUCAGAAAUCGAUGUAUUUCCCGAUUUACAGACAGCCCAUCACGAUGCAAAUGUAAUUUAUCCCUUCGGCGAUUCUGAAUGCGAGUAUGGUCGGGUCUAUGUUUAUAAUUUACCAUCCAAGUUUAACAAAGAUUUAGCUUUGUUGACCUGCGACGAUCUAGACCCAUGGAAGUGGCAGUGUGGUCUUGUGACCAAUGAUGGAUAUGGAAAGAGAUCGACGGAGCUCGCCGGAAUCUUGCCUGGGAAUCUCUCCGCAGCGUGGUAUCGUACAAAUCAGUUCUCAUCAGAGGUAAUAUUUCAUUACCGGCUUUUAAACUAUAGAUGUAGAACCAACGACCCAGAAUCUGCAACGGCUUUCUACAUUCCGUUCUACGCCGGACAGGCUGUUGGGAAAUACCUUUGGACUGAUGAAAUUGAAAAUCGUGAUUUUCUUAGCAACAAAUUACUGAAAUGGGUUCAAAGGCAAAAGUAUUGGAAAAAAUAUAAGGGUUUGGACCAUUUCCUCACUCUUGGUCGGAUAACGUGGGAUUUCCGGCGAUUAGGUGACCCAGAAAAACUCUGGGGAUCCUCUUUUCUAAAUCGACCGCAGAUGCAGAAUGUUACGCGAUUCACAAUCGAGAAGGCUCCAUGGGAUGCAAACGAUAUCAGUGUACCUUACCCUACCGGAUUCCACCCUCAUUCCGAGAAAGAACUCCGGGAAUGGCAAAAGUUUGCACUUUCAUAUAACCGCACCAGUCUAUUCACCUUCAUAGGGGCGGCGCGUGGGGAUAUCGAUAGUGAUUUUAGAUCGAGGUUAAUGAGUUACUGUAGGAACGAGUCAGACUCGUGCAGAGUUGUGGACUGUGCCGUGAUUCCCUGCUCUAAUGGUUCAUCAGAAAUCCAAAAAGCACUUCUGAGCUCAGACUUCUGUUUACAGCCCAAAGGGGACAGCUUGACUCGGCGGUCAGUUUUCGAUUGCAUGGUGGCUGGUUCAGUACCGGUUUUCUUCUGGAGGCGAACGGCUUACACUCAGUACCAGUGGUUUUUGCCGGAAGACCCGGGGAGUUAUUCUGUGUUUAUAGAUCCGGAAGCAGUGAGAAACGGGACAGCUUCCAUUAAGGAAAUUUUGAAGAGUUACAGUAAAGAUCAAGUGAGGAAAAUGAGGGAAAAAGUUGUAGAGACAAUUCCAAGAAUAGUGUAUGCAAGGCCAAGUGGAGGUCUUGGGAUUGUCAAGGAUGCAUUUGAAAUUGCAAUCGAAGGAGUAUUGAAGAGGGUCAAGGACGAAAACGAAUGGAAGGAAUACGUGGAUAUGGGCAGUUGAAGAUGAUGUUGGGAGAUUCGAUGAAUGUUGUAAAGUAUAUAAAUCUUUCCCUUAACAUUCAGCUAUACAUACUGUUAUAAAUACAGGGAUAAGUUUGAAGCCAGACGGGUAAUUCUAUAUGGCUGGUGAUAUGAUUCUUGGUUUUCAGAAUCCAGCUUAGGUUGCUGGAUGAUGGAGAGCUUGGAUUUUAUACAUGUAUUUCCAGAUAUUUUUAGAGAUUUGUGUUAAGAUCAGAGGAAAAAAGUGAGGUCAAUUGUUGUUAUUUGCAGAUGGCAAAGAGGAUCUUUUCACACGAAGUGUUUGGUUGCAAACUCAAGCAUGAGGUACCCGUCUUGUUGUAGCAGUUUCCUCGCCAUCUGUUGCCGAAGAAUGUUUCACCAAAAUGAUAUCGUUUUUGCCAAUCGCCCUUGUUUAACAAUCAGCAAAUACAUAGGUUAUAACCAUACUACUGUCGGUGAUUCCCCUUAUGGUGAUCACUGGCGUAACCUUCGUCGCCUCUGUGCACUUGACAUUUCUCCAAUAAUCGUCUCAACAAUUUUCAGCCCAUUAGACAACAUGAAGUCAAUCUUCUAUCUAGUUCACAGAGUGUUUCACAACUCUGGUGACAAUUUUGGGACUCCUGUUGACCUUAAGUCCAAGCUUUUUCAGAUGUCAUACAAUAUAAUCAUGAGAAUGGUAGCUGGAAAGAGAUAUUACGGUGAUGAGGAAGACAACGAGGAGGCAAAUCAUUUUCAGGAGAUUAUAGAUGAGAUAACUGUAUUUGCAGGUACAUCAUAUUCCCUAGAUUUUAUGCUGCAAUAUUUCGUUGUUUUUUCAGGAGUAUGGCUUAAGAUUUGGCCAGGCUUGGUCAAAAGAUAGACGCUUUCUUGCAAGGUUUGAUUGAUGAACACCGUGAUGAUAGAAGUCCAAAAUACCAUAAUUGAUCAUUUGCUUUCUUUGCAAGAAUCAGAACCAGAAUAUUACACUGAUCAAAUCAUCAAAGGGAUUAUACUGGUCUUAUUUUCUUCACUGGCAACUCCUGGGCUGUAGAAGGCUGCAUUAAUUUCUUCGAUUUUAUACAUAUGUAUAGACUAACUAAUAGGCGUUGGUAUCCACUGAUUUAAAGCGGUUGGCAGACACUUCUCUCAUUAACCAUCAACUGCAGGUCAUGCUGAAUGCGGGGACUGAUACAUCAUCGGUGACAAUAGAAUGGGCCAUGUCUCUUCUACUUAACCAUGCAGAGGUGUUGGAGAAGGCCAGAAUUGAAAAAAACAAUCAUGUGGGUAAGGAUCGUUUAGUGGAUGAAGUGGAUUUACCCAAACUAAAAUAAAUACCUUCAAAGUAUCAUAUCGGAGACACUCUGAUUGUAUCCAGCAGCACCGAUGCUAGUGCCUCAUGAAUCAUCUGAGGAUUGUAAGUAAAUAUUUAUUUAUCACAUUUUCAUCGUUUCGAGUUUUUAAAUAUAACUUUAUAGUUGAUUACUGUAUUUUUGUAAUCAUCC